AACAAAACUUGAGUUUAUCCAGUUUUGUCAAGAUCUGCUUUCACUUUGUGUUUAAAUAUAUAAUAAUAGAUUGAAAAAGACAACGACAAUUGUUCAAAAAAUAAACUCUACUCUUGCAUCUAUAAUGAAGUUAAUAACCAUUUGUUUGAUUUUGUUGCUAUUCAAUAUCUUAGGACCGACUUUUAUCCAUGGACAAGCGGCUAGUCGUAAAAAGAUGAUUGAAGAAAUGAGUCAAAACAUGAAAGAAAUGGAAACAGCUUUUGGUAAAUUGUCAAAUCAACUGAAAUCAACAGAGGCUAAUUUAAAUCUAUUCCAGGAUAAAUUGAAUGUUGUACUGAAUACAGUUGAAGUAACCAAGGUGAGAACCCGGAUGAUUGAGGAAAAGUUUACAACAUUGGAAUCAAAGUUGGCCACAAUUGAAGAAACGGCAAAAACAAGUUUGGCGCAUUUGAUCAACAGCUCUGGUGCCACUGGUGUAAAUAACCGUCUUGAGUCUACCGAGAAAGGUUUACUCAAGAUUAUGAAUGUUUUGACUGAUUUAUAUGGACUGGUUAAGGAGAACCAUCUCAAUGACAAACCAACAUUAUCCAGAAGAGGUGAAUCCGAUUUUGAAAGUGAAAGCAACAUGAGAAAGAUUGUCCGAGAAGAAGUGAAUAUCUUGAAACACGAGCUUGCCAAUGAUAUGAAUAUUACUGGAUUAACUGGACGAUUGGGUGAAGUGUUUUCCAUCAUAACCAAUAUCCAAGAAAAUUCAGUGAACAAUAAAAAGCCUGGUGUUGAGGAUGACUCAAAUGGUAAUCAAUUAACCAGUCAACCUCGUGAUGAGGUUUGCUCUGACUUUUCCAGGUUAAGAAAUCAAUUCUCAUUUGCUGUACAAGAGCUUCGUAAUAACAUGACACUUGUUAUGGAUACAAUUAGCAAAGGCAAAUGUAAUACAUUGACAUCAGCUGGAUCACCAGUCAGCUCAUCAAGUGCACCUUCGCCAUCAUUUUUUGUAACAUUACCGAACGUCAAUCAAGCUGACUCACCUCGACUAGAUGGGUUGACUCAGCGUAUCAAUGAUUGUCCCAUCAUGGAUCCUCGCCUAUCUUCAAAGCUGGACUGUACUCAUUCUAGACCCAAUUUUCCUAAAGAUUGUGCUGAGAUAAUUACAUCAAACUCAACCUGCCAAUCCAAAGUGUACGCAGUUAGGACAGGUUCACCUUUAAGAGUCCAAAGAGUCUAUUGUGAUAUGGAUGACAAUGGCGGAGGUUGGACGGUUAUUCUGAGACGAGGCAAAUUCUCAGAGAAGAAGCAUCAUGUUGAUUUCAGGACAAAUUGGCAAACAUACAAAAGAGGAUUUGGUGAUAUUGGUGAUGAAUUUUGGAUUGGAAAUGAAGUGAUUCACCAUUUAACUACAAAAGAACCUCAAAUCCUGCAAAUUGAUAUGAAAUCGUUUUCUGGUGAAUGUAUUUCGGUUCAAUUUAAAAAAUUUAUCGUCGCCAGUGAAUCAGACAAUUACCAAUUACAAAUUGAUGAACCUUUUGGAUCCAACAAAGAAACGGCAGAGAUAUUUUUAACUUUUAAUGGCACUUCUUUCAUCACUAGCGAUAGAAUCAAAGAUUCACAAAGAUUUGCUUGUUUAAAUCUAUUGACUGGAGGCUGGUGGGUCAACCCAUCAAGAUGUCCAUUGGUCUAUUUAACUGGAUUAUAUAAGGAAGUUGAUGUCCGAAGGGAGGUUGACACUGGAGUCAGGUGGAUGACAUUCAAAGAAAAUGAAUCUCUUCGAGAGGUUCAGAUGAAAAUUCGUCCCUUCUCCUUCUUAAAUAAAGUUUAAACAUUUAAAAUUUCAAUUUAAUCUAAAUACUGUAAUCAUGCAUUCAUAGUUAUCUUUAAUGUAGUUGUUUUUACAUACCUUUUACAAAUAAACAAUCAAAAACUCUAA